AUGACAGAGCCUAAAAAAGAAGCUAUUGAGGCAAUGUCAGAAUGUGGCCUAAGACAAAUGGAGUCUUAUAGUAAUAUGUCAACAGAAACUAGUGGAGACGACUGUGUAGGUCAUACGAAGAUUGAUCAUCUAAACUACUACUACAAGUUAAAAAUGAAGCAAAUUGAUGGCAAGGAUUCACAAACACUAGUGAACAAACUGUAUGACUUACAAUCAAUAGAUCAUGAGUUCUUUUUCAGAGUAAGACUCAAUGAUGAAGGAAAAGUUGAGUGUCUAUUUUGGAGGGAUUCUAUGAUGAGAGAAGAUUACAAAAUAUAUGGAGAUGUUCUAGUUUUUUAUACUACAUUCAGAACCAAUAAAUACAAUCUCAUAUGUGCUCCAUUUGUUGGUAUCAAUAACCAUUGGAAAAACACAAUGUUUGCUUGUGCUUUCAUUGGGGAUGAAACCACAGAAUCUUUCGUUUGGGUGUUUGAAACUUUUCUGAAGGCUAUGGGAGGAAAGCACCCUAUAUCAAUUUUCACUGUCAAGAUGCAGCUAUUGCUGCUGGAAUAG